ACGACAGAGCAGUAAAAGCUGAAACCUGAACGAGAGGUAGACAAAACUGCAUCAGGAUUCCCUCUCAAUCAAUACGUCCCUAGCAGAUGCCCAGAUAGUCCAGUCCCAUCUCUCAAUCUUCGCAAAAACAACUCCGGAAUAGGGAUCGAGCUUCUGCAAUUCGUCCAGUUUUGCUCAUUUCUCCUCAUUUCAGAGCUGUAAGAGGAAUACAGGAUCGAAGUAUAAGAGGAAGGACCGAAGGAGGAGGCGUAAGACAGUAGGACUUGAGACUACAGCUUCUCUCUAGGUGGGAUCGGUUAGGGAUCUUCAAACAUUCUGGUGGAUCUGUUCUCUGCUCGGCGGAUCCAAGAUGAAUAUCUUCAGAUUAGCAGGGGACAUGACCCAUCUCGCCAGCGUCCUUGUUUUGCUCCUCAAGAUCCACACCAUCAAAUCCUGCGCUGGCAUAUCGUUGAAGACUCAAGAACUCUACACCAUUGUUUUUGUUGCUCGGUACUUGGAUAUUUUUACCGACUUUAUCUCACUAUAUAAUACCACCAUGAAGUUAAUAUUCUUGGGGAGCUCGUUUUCAAUUGUUUGGUACAUAAGGCGCCACAAGAUUGUCCGUCGAUCUUAUGAUAAAGACCAAGACACCUUUCGCCAUUUUUACCUUGUACUGCCUUGCCUACUUUUGGCCCUUGUUAUUAAUGAAAAGUUCACCUUUAAGGAGGUAAUGUGGACAUUUUCCUUGUACUUGGAGGCUGUUGCCAUACUUCCUCAGCUGGUAUUGCUGCAGAGGACCAGGAACAUUGACAAUUUGACAGGGCAAUAUGUUUUUCUUUUGGGUGCAUACCGAGCAUUGUACAUCCUCAACUGGAUUUAUCGUUUCUUCACUGAGACACAUUAUGUCCACUGGAUAACUUGGAUAGCUGGGCUCAUUCAGACAUUACUUUAUGCUGAUUUCUUUUAUUAUUACUUCCAAAGCUGGAAGAACAACGAGAAGCUCCAGUUACCAGCUUGAGUUCGUCUUCAAUAUCUUAUCAGCAUCUUAAGGAUUCAGUGUAGCAUAUAUGGAUAUAUGUAUUUGUUUGAUCACACAUUCUUGAGCUUCAUUUCUUUUGUCCUCAUUUUCUUGUUUUAACAUGGGGACACUGUUCAUUUAGUUAUUUAAGGAGGGUUUAAGCAUGGAAUACCAUUCCUAUCAUGGAAAUGUUUUGCUGCCAUAAGAAUCAGAGCACAUAUUCUUUUCUGGAAAUCCUGUAUCGACAAAUAUUCGGAGUUACGGAAAAACAUUUGGAAUGAUUCUGUUGUAUUCUAGUGCUUAAAUUUCAAAUUCUGUUAUACAAA